AUGUGUUCGUCUCCCAAGUACAUAGUAUUUGAGGAAGAACUGCUUAAGUUAUUUGGCCGCUGUGUUGAAUGCGGUGGCGAGGUUCUUGAAAAGGAGCUAUUAAAAAAGGGAAGUGCACUUAAAGUAACGACACUUUGUAAAAACUCCCAUUCGAAGGAGUGGGUUUCCCAGCCACUUGUUAACAGGGCGGCCGCGGGGAACGUAUUGCUUUCAGGUGCUAUAGUUUUUACAGGAAAUACGUUUUCGCGUGUUUCAGAAGUUGCCUCUGCAAUAAAUCUUGCCUUUCUGAGCAAAUCGGAUUAUCACAACUGGCAGAAGAAGCACCUUUUCCCUGUUAUAAAUGAUCGUUGGCAGCAGGAAAAGGCGGCAAUCCUCGCCGAUCUCUUAGACAGGAACUCAGUCACUCUCCUCGGGGAUGGACGUUGUGACUCCCCAGGCUAUAGUGCCAAAUACGGAACUUACACCAUGAUGGACAAAGAGAGUGAGAAAAUUGUCGAUUUCGAAGUUUGCCAUGUAAAGCAGAGUACAAGUUCACAGGCAAUGGAGAAACGUGGUUUUAAGCAUUGCCUUGAUCGCGCACUAAAUAGUGGCAUUCCUGUAGGUGUUGUAGGUACUGACAGGCACACCGGUAUCAAGGCACUCAUGAGAAGCGAGUAUAAGGACCUCGGUGUUGAGCACCAGGUAGACGUGUGGCACUUGACUAAGAACAUCAAGUCCAAGCUAGUCACGAAAGCCAAGAAGAAAGAAUGCAGGACCUCUCUCCUUGGAUAA